AUGCGUCGCAUUCCUUUACUCCUAUUCUUGACGAUUCUUCAUGUAUCGAAUGCUUUUUUCGUCACCAACACAGACCAUUGUACCAAAGAAACGGCGUUACACUCAGUGGUCGAUGACAUUGUUGAUUCAUCCAGGAACGUCCUGAAUGACGAAGAGCCCGGUGGUCAAAAGUCAACAAUCACCAACCGAGCUCCUCAUCUCAUUUUCCCAGGUGGCGGGCUUUUCUUUUAUUGGCAGGCUGGAGCUGUCACGUAUAUGAGGGAACAGGGUUACGACCUCUCUAAAGUGACAGCUUCAGGAGCCUCCGCUGGAGCCCUUACAGCUGCCUUGAUGGCUACAGAUGUUGAUUUCUACAAAGCCACAGACCGGGCAUUACAACUCUCGGAAAGGGCGGGUAUAUGGGACCGUUCAGGGGGACUCCAGGGCAUUUGGGGAGAUCUCAUAUACGAGUGGUUGGAUGACCUGCUCCCCGAAAAUGCCGUCGAGAUGGCCAGCGAUGGCAAGCUUUCUCUUCUGGUCACUCCCAUUCCAUCAUUUGGCAAGACGCGGGUGUCAAGCUGGAAAAACCGAAAAGAACUUAUCAAGUGCUGCAUGACUAGCGUUCAUUUGCCAUGGUUCUUGGAUGGAAAGCUCACUGCAAACUACUGCAACCAGCCCCACAUUGAUGGGAGCUUUCUGGCCAAGGCGCCUGAUUAUCUCCCGGAACAUCGAAGGCCAUCAUCCAUUCUGAGACUCGACUGGAACAGAGACCCAGCAUUGGCAGAGGGGGAGUUUUUUGAUUUUGUAAAGGUGAUUUCCCCGGAAGGAAUUUGGAACAUUCUUGAGACUGGCAAGGUGUAUGCAAAACUCAUGGACGAGCGAGGAAAAUUCAAGCGUCUGCCAAAGAUUGAUGGGCAAUGA